UCAAAAUCCGCCGAAGAAACCUCUUUCACUGAGAAAUCAUCCAAACACAAGAAUCAAUCUUCCCGUAGAACAAGAACACCACAACGCCGGAAAAUCUCCGAAUUGGUAGUGAUUGACGGAAUCGGAGGAGAAACCGAUCAGAUUCUUUAUCGGUUCGCCUAUUUGGCAGAGAUUCGUUACACACAACCUCUAGGUCUUCACGAUUUCUUCCUUUGGAAAAACGUUACUUCACAUCACCGUUUCCACACAAUCGAUCCCCAAAUCUCAGUUUACAGAUUCGCAGCAACCACAAAUGUCUGGGCUGCUCGAAGGAAUCCCAGACGCAGUUGCUAUGAGAUGCCUCGCGCACGUUCCAUUAGACCUUCAUCCGAACGUAGAGCUCGUAUCUCGUUCAUGGCGAGCAGCGAUACGCAGCGAAGAGCUUUUCAAAGUCCGUAAAGAAGUUGGAUCAUCAGAAAACCUUCUCUGCGUGUGUGCGUUUGAUCCUGAGAACAUAUGGCAAGUCUACAGUCCAAACUGCGAUCGCUGGCUAACUCUCCCUCUCCUUCCAUCAAGAAUCCGUCACCUAGCCCAUUUCGGAGCCGUAACUACCUCCGGGAAGCUCUUCGUCUUAGGUGGAGGCAGCGACGCCGUCGAUCCUCUAACCGGAGAUCACGAUGGUACCUUUGCAACGGACGAGGUCUGGUCUUACGACUUUGUGCAGAGACGGUGGAAUCCGCGAGCACCGAUGCUCGUGCCUCGUGCUAUGUUCGCUUGCUGUGUUCUCGACGGGAAGAUUGUAGUUGCUGGUGGAUUCACGACUUGCCGGAAAUCGAUAUCUGGAGCGGAGAUGUAUGAUCCCGAGAAAGACGUCUGGACUUCGAUCCCGGAUCUGCACAGGACUCAUAACUCGGCUUGCUCGGGUUUAGUGGUCAAAGGCAAAGUUCACGUUUUGCACAAAGGGUUAUCGACGGUGCAAGUUCUUGAGAGCGUUAAACUCGGUUGGGCUGUGAAAGAGUAUGGUUGGCCUCAAGGUCCAAUGGCUGUUGUUGAGGACGUGCCUUAUGUCAUGAGCCAUGGACUGGUGUUGAAGCUAGAAGAAGAUGACACGUGGAAGAUGGUUGCGUCGGCGUCAGAGUUUAAGCGGAGGAUUGGGAUGGCGAUGACGAGUUUGAGUGACGAGGUUUUGCUCGUGGGAGGAGUGAUUGGACCUGAUAGGCUCAAUUGGGACAUCAAGCCGUUGUCGGACGUCGACGUUUUGACGGUUGGGAGUGACCGUUUGGCAUGGAAGAAGGUCGCUUCGAUGACCAAGUGUCGUGGAACGGUCCUUGGCUGUACGCAGUUGACAAUCUGAUGGGAAUGUGAUCUAAGACGACGUCUUUUCCUGGUUUUCUUUGUUUUUUUGUAUGUCUUUUAUUUUUGGUCAGUGUAUGUCUUUUAUUUUUGGUCAGUGUAUGUCUUUGUUUUUCAUACUAUAAUGUUUUUGACUCUCCUUUCGAAAUCUCUUAGAGAGAGAAAAAAAUGUAGUAUACUUUAAGAAAAUAUCAUCAAAAGAUAUAUGAGUUU